UACCAAUGAUAACGGGAAUCUUUAUUUCCGCAGUCCUUCCAAAAUAAAUUAUUAAACGGCCUUUUCUAAACAAAGGACUGCUUUGGCAUUUUUCCGGGGCUGCCUGUCAGGACCUACAGGCGGUACGAGAUCCUAAUUUCAAAACGAGUUUUUAAAGCUCAAUUGAACAUUGGAUCUUCAGCUGACGGCCAUCGCGACAUCAGGGGCAUUAACACCUUAUUGUUUUUCGGUGUUAAUACAACCAGGCCGAUCAGUUUUAUUUAUGAUCGCGUACGCCGCCAGUUCAGGCCUGUUAUGAAGCGUUUCGGAAGUUGCUGGCAGUCCGUCGGAAGAGGCUGCACACGAGAGAAGUGCGACUUUCCAACUCGAGUCUUAGCUUAGCGCCGAGGAUGGAAAACUUCACCAGGAACAGCGCGAUGGGCUUGAGCGCGGCGUACCUGAGGAACCGGGAGCUUGGCAUGACUCCCAAGAUAGGGAGCAGCGACAGGUUCAUGAAAGGUCUCUACACGUCGUUCCGCCCUUGCAACUACUGGGACCACAACGAGAGCCUCCAGAACGCUUCUCCCGGUGGGAUUUUCAACCUGGAAUUCUCCCCGGAUGGGUCCCUUUUGGUGGCAGCUUGUGAAAAGCGAAGUUUAAUGAUAUUUGAUCCAUUAUCAAGACAAUUAUUGAAGACUGUUGAUAAUGCACAUUAUGAUUGUGUUAAUUGUGUCAGGUUUUUGGACUCAAGAGUGUUUGCUACCUGCAGCGAUGAUACAACAGUCGCUCUUUGGGAUGCGAGGAAUCUCAAGUCUAGAAUCAGGACUCUCACCGGGCAUUCAAAUUGGGUCAAAAACAUAGAAUUCUCCCAAAGUGACGGCCUUUUGGUAACGUCUGGCUUUGAUGGAGCGAUUUACACAUGGGAUAUUAACAGUUACUCCGAGGGUAGUUUCCUCUAUAAUCGGGUGUUCCAUACUAAUGGUCUUAUGAGGACAAGACUGAAUCCAGACGCUAGUAAAAUGAUCAUGUGUACAACCGGAGGUUAUUUGAUUCUCAUUCACAAUCUAGAUUUACGAACGUUGGCCCAAGAUCUCGACGGUUUUAAGCCAAACAUGUAUAGGUUGAUGCAACUUAGUCAAACCACUAUACCAGUGGCAGCUAGCUUUACUCACCUUUUCUCAAAGAAAAGGAAGAAAAAUAGAAUCGAAUUUUUGACUGAUUUUCCGGAAGGGGAUGAUGCAGAAGUUGUCUCGUCAUUGCAGGUCCAUCCACAAGGUUGGUGUGCUUUGAGUCGAAACAUUUCUAAUGAUGAGAAUUCAGAAUGGACAUGUGUCCACGAUAUACAGGAUUUGGAGGAUAACGUCUCAGAUGAAGAAAUGACACCCGAGCAGAGCGGUGGGGAGGAGUCGGACACAGAAACCGAGCCACCGGCUGUCCAAGCACCGACCAGUUCUGAAAUGGCAUCAUUUGUAAUCGGACUCAACUCCCGUGCCAGGGUGGUGUCCAAUUCUACUGGAACAGUCGGCGGCGGGAGGUUUCCGAGGCGAUUCCUUCGCAGACAGAAUGCCUUCAGGGGUUUCAGGGCUCAGGUGCCUUCCAACCAGAGAGGUGAAUUCAGGGUUGCGACUACUGAUGUUUGGGAAGCUCUCGUCGCCAUACGAGAAGCCAGGGCAAGAAGGGAACGCCGAACUGAAGCUCCUGAAGCUGAUAACGAUUCAAGGUUUAGAAUUGUUAGAAUGCAGAGUGGCAUAGAAGGUGUGAGGCCUAGAGAACCUGGAUUUAUUACUUCAAUUGUUGUUGGUACAAGAGUACCUCAGCAGAGAAGUGAAGGAGAGGAACCUGUAGCAGAAAGUCCACCUAUAAAUGACAAUUUUGAAGAAGGGACUUCGAGGUACAACAACCGCUCCUUUUACAUCGUAAGCCGGCCGAACAGGACUGGCCACCGAAUAAGGGUGCCCAAGAACCACAAAAUCCACCGGAAUGUUUCCAGGCUUACUCACUACAUACAAGAAUCCAACGUUGGAAAAGGUUUUAUCAAAGAGCUCUGCUUUUCAGCAGACGGCCGUCUCAUCUGCUCCCCUUUCGGCUACGGAGUGCGCCUUCUGGCGUUUUCAGAAGAGUGUUCAGAGCUUUCUUCGUGCGUACCGAAGGAAGGUCCUAUCAAACUCCAUGAAAUUGGUGCCAAAGCCUGCCACACUAAUUUAGUCGUUAGCACCAAAUUCUCUCCCCGCCAUUGCCUACUUGUUUCUGGUUGCCUUACUGGUCGCAUCGUUUGGCACCAACCUGUUCUUUAGUCCUUUUUUUUCUUUCUUUCUUAAAACGUAUGGAGGAAUGGGAGUUUUUUCCUCCAUUAUAAAAAAAGCUAUUUUAAUCUUUAGGUGUAAGUUGUACAUCCUUUUAACAUUUUAUAUUUUUGCAGAAACUCUUUUUAGUCUUUAGUCAAAAUCAGAUUUCUUAGUCAAAACUAGAAAGGGCUUACAGAGUAAAAACCAUUACCAAAAUCCUCAUUGUUAAAGAGUUGUCAGUUGAUAAUAAAACUAAAUCAUAUCAAAAAGUAAAUGUGUAGACAAACUGUAUUGUUUAUUUCUCUGCUUAAUAAUUUUCUAGACUACUUUGUACAUAGUGUUGUCAAAAAAGUAUACAUCGAUCGCGAUGAUAUGCUUUGUUGAUUGUGAGUAUUGACAUUUUCACUGGUUAAAAUAAAACUGUUCAAAGCCGUUGUUGCGUUGCUUUGAAAAUUAUCUUUUUGUAAAUUGUGUAAAUAAAUGAACAAAUACAAAUAUGCAUAUAAUGGUUACAUUAUUUUUUAU